CUUCGCGACGCUCCUCGCGGCAACAUGUCUCCCGUGUGGAUCGUGCUCGCUUUACUCCCAAUCCUCGGGGGAGCUCAAAGAUUCAAUUGCCGGGGGCGUAUUCUAGGCGCUUACUAUGCUGAUGCGAAAUCUGGAUGUAAGGCGUUUCACGUUUGUGUGAGAGUCGCUGGAGGUGGAGUUAGAGACUUCAGGUUCUUCUGUCCCCCCGGUACAUUGUUCCAUCAGGAGGCUCAGACGUGUACUGACUGGGGAGACGAUGAUGCCCUAGCUUGCCCUGCAGACAUCUACGAUGGAUUUGACACAAAGAAAGUGCCGUCUUCUGGAAACCGGGAAGAAGAACCUGAAUUUGGACUUCAAAAGGCAGAAACCGGUGACCGUCGCCUGUCACAAAACUCCGAUCUAAGGGCAGCACACUCAUCGGAUUUCUUUACCGGACAACGUGACCGUGGUCGGGAUGAAUCCGCUACUCAAACUCAGCCCCCAAUAUCGAGUCCAACCACACGGCAAUCAUUUAGAAGAGCGACUACAUCGCGUGUGACAUUUACAACAACUCCACACACAACCACUCCACCACCUCCACCAAAACCGUCAAACCCCUCUCAAUAUGACCAUUCUAAAAGAAAACUUGUAAGAAAACGACCCGUUCAUACACCGACUCCCCCUCCUACUACGUCAUUCCAAAAUACCUUCCCUCCGCAAACUUACUCGGAAUCACCACAACAAAAUUUCAAUCGUAGAAAUCCGCCUCAAAACAAACAAAGUUCUACCACAGUUAACAUACCUGCACAAUAUAAAGACGAGUACGUAGAAGUGAGCAAGGUGACUCCGAAACAAAACAUUAAUAGAUACUACCCUAAUAGCCCGACACCUACACCUUUUUCAAAGGCAACACAAGCACCAGCCGUUUAUAAAAAAGAGAACCCUGUUGAAUUGUACAACUACAAUGGUCAAUCAACACCAGGUUUAAGCAAAAACAAUGAUAAUAGGCCUUUUAAACUUAAAAAUAGUUUCAAUGUACAAGCUGACGUUCCUAAAGAUGACUUUGCUCGAAUUAGAAAUUUCAAUGGCAAUAACAAUAGAGUUAAUCCUACAUCUACCGUUGACUAUAAUAUAAUUCGCGGUACAAGUACGCCAGCAUACAAAAAUAUUAAUAGCGUUUCGUACGAUUCUGAGAAAAACAACUUCGGUCCAUUUCUCGGUCCUAAACAAAGCCAUUUUAAUAAUCCCACUUCAACGUCUCCUACUACCACUUAUUAUACCACUACCCGUGUUGAUCCACCCGCAAAUUUAAACACAGUUGCCUAUAAUACAAAUAUCGGUUUUAAUACACAAUCUUCAAACUAUGCAGAAAGUAAUGAAGAUGACGGACAAUAUCGACCACCCCAAGGUGAGGACGACGGUCAGUACAGGCCAGAACUCUAUGAAAGAGAUUCCGAAUUACUUUCAGGAGCACACUCAUUAAACAUAGCGGCAAGCGGCAAUAGGUUACCAGAAGAUCAAAAACAAAAUAAGAUACAGUCACAAAAGUCAUUUAAUAAAAUAUCAGCACCUCGACCAUUCAGACCUGCACCAACUCCAAGCUCAUCUUCACCAGUAACUGAAUUCUACUCGACUACUGUUAGAUUGCAAACAGAACCGCCAACACAACGAACCUUUGAUUAUUAUCAAACGUACACAACCACCUCUCGACCGUACGAAGCACCCUCUGCACAAGCAUUUACCUUUGGUCCUCCAGCUAAACAAACUACAUUAUCGGCACCCAAAGCUACUGAACGCUACCAGUCUAGGGAAACUGCUCCGCCUACAUCACCUCCCUCAUCCUAUGUAUCGAAAUCCACUCGACCACCAUAUUACGCAAAACCGAGCAAUAAAAAAGAAGAUAACAGUUACGACUACGCGUAUUACGAUUCUGACCCAGGAUUUUCAGAAUAUGACCACAUAGAAGAGUUCGGUAGAACUAAAACUAGAGUAUAAAGUGUACAUUAGUUUCUUCCACUGCCAUUACGUUAGUUGCCUCUUUAGAUUCCAACUCUAUUAUUCCAAUUAUAAAGUAAUUCUAUACUACACUACAUUUAAUAACAUAAUUAAUAGCAAAAGGAUUUUCCUUUAUUUAAUCAAAUAUUUAAUAUAUUAAGAAACAAAAAAUGAUAUGUAGAUUGUUAUUAACUUUUUAUGAUACUGACGGUAAUAGUGAUAAGUUAGCAGAUUAAAAUCCAUUUCCAUUCUUAUCUAAAGAGGCUUUUCGAUUGUAAUGUUAUCUUAAAUUAUUUUGUGAUAUUUUCGUGGAUGUUUGUAUUUCUAUAGAUUAUAAUUAGGGUAAGAUUAAUAAUAAAUAGCUAAGGUAUCUUUUCAAAUAGUCAAAAAUAUUUAUUUUGGUUUCAAAUUCUACUGCUCUCUGGUUUCUAUACAAAAAAAAAAAUCAUAAAUAAAAGUAGAUA